UCUCCGUUUCACCGUGGCCACCUGCCUGGUGGUCAUCCUGUCCCCUUCGCUGCGUGCCGCAAGGUGAGGUGACGCGAGGCAUGGCUUCCCUGUCUCUUCCCCCUCUUCUCCACGACGCCCUCCUCUCCCGCUCCCGCCACCGUCCUCCUCCCUUGCCGCUGCCACUCGCCCCCUCUCGCCUCGCCGCCGCGCACCCCUCCCCGUCUCCGCACGCCGAUGAGCGGCUCCGCGCCGAGGAGCUCCGGUCCUACGCCGCGGCGCUGCAGGGGUGCGCCGCCAGCCGUGCGCUCCGCCGCGGGAGGGCCCUCCACGCGCGCCUGCUCCGGUCCGGGCUGCGUCCGGACGCGUUCCUGCGCGACUCGCUGCUCAACAUGUACUGCAAGUGCGGCCGCCUGUCGGACGCCCGCAGCGUGUUCGACGGGAUGCCGCACAGGGACGUCGUCGCCUGGACGGCCAUGAUCUCCGCCCACACCGCGGCGGGCGACGCCGGCUCGGCCCUCGAGCUGUUCGCUGGCAUGGGUGAGCAACGGGUUGUCCCCAACGAGUUCGCGCUUGCCGCGGCGCUCAGGGCCUGCACAGUGGGUUCGGACUUGGGCUUUACGCCUCAGGUGCAUGCUCAGGCGGUGAAGCUGGAAAGUUUGCUUGAUCCCUACGUCGCUUCUUCCCUGGUCGAGGCUUACGUGAGCUGUGGGGAGGUGGAUGUUGCUGAGAGAGCUCUGUUGGACUCGCCGGCGAGAAGCGCUGUGUCAUGGAAUGCUCUGCUCAAUGAGCAUGCUCGGCAUGGUGAAUACACGAGGGUCAUGCUGGUUUUUGAUAAGCUGGUGGAAUCUGGUGAUGAGAUAAGCAAGUAUACCCUACCUACUGUCCUCAAGUGUUGUACCGAGCUCGGUCUUGCAAAAUCCGGUCAGGCUGUGCAUGGUUUGGUGAUCAAGAGAGGGCCGGAAACAGACAGUAUAGUGAACAAUUGCCUUAUUGAGAUGUAUUCAAAGUGUCAAUCUGCUGAUGAUGCCUAUGAAGUCUUUGUCAGGAUAGAUGAACCUGACGUGGUGCAUUGCAGUGCGAUGAUCUCUUGUUUUGAUAGACAUGACAUGGUUCCAGAAGCAUUUGAUAUUUUCAUACAAAUGUCAGACAUGGGAGUCGAACCUAAUCAAUAUAUAUUUGUUGGCAUAGCCAUUGUUGCAUCAAGAACUGGUGAUCUGAACCUAUGUCGCAGUGUUCAUGCUUGCAUUGUGAAGAGUGGAUUUUCUAGGACAAAAGGGGUGUGUGAUGCCAUUGUAAGUAUGUACGUGAAAGCUGGUGCUGUUCAAGAUUCAGUUCUCGCUUUUGAUCUUAUGCACGGGCCUGACAUAACUUCUUGGAACACACUUCUCUCUGGGUUUUAUAGUGGAAACAACGGCGAGCAUGGUCUGGCAAUUUUCAAGCAGUUGAUUUGUGAAGGUGUUUUAGCAAAUAAAUAUACCUAUGUAGGCAUUUUGAGGUGCUGCACUAGCUUGAUGAACUUGAGGUUUGGCUGUCAGGUUCAUGCAUGUGUUCUGAAAAGUGGUUUUCAAAGAGACGAUGAUAUUUCAAGAAUGCUUCUUGACAUGUAUGUGCAAGCUGGGUGCUUUACGAAUGCACGCCUGGUAUUUGAUCAACUGAAAGAAAGAGAUGUAUUCUCAUGGACAGUUUUUAUGUCAACAUAUGGUAAAACUGAUGAAGGUGAGAAGGCAAUAGAAUGCUUCCGCUCAAUGUUGCAAGAGAACAAGAGGCCUAAUGAUGCCACAUUAGCUACCUCGCUAAGUGUCUGCUCUGAUUUGGCAUGCUUAGGCAGUGGCCUCCAGCUGCAUUCAUAUACCAUCAAGUCAGGCUGGAGCAGUUCAGUUGUUUCCAGUGCUUUAGUUGAUAUGUAUGUGAAGUGCGGCAACAUAAGAGAUGCUGAGAUGCUAUUUGACGAGUCAGAUACACACGAUUUAGUUGAAUGGAAUACGAUCAUCUGUGGUUACGCUCAUCAUGGUCGUGGAUACAAAGCACUGGAGGCCUUCCAAGAGAUGAUAGAUGAGGGGAAGGUACCUGAUGAGAUAACAUUUGUCGGUGUCCUCUCGGCGUGUAGCCAUGCAGGAUUACUUGAUGAGGGAAGGAGGUACUUUAAAUUGCUGAGUAGUGUGUAUGGAAUUACUCCCACAUUGGAACACUAUGCUUGCAUGGUUGAUAUUCUAGCCAAGGCUGGAAAGCUAACUGAGGCUGAAUUUCUUAUUAAUGAUAUGCCAUUGAUCCCAGAUGCAUCCUUAUGGAAGACAAUUCUGGCGGCAUGUAGGAUUCAUGGAAAUGUUGAGGUUGCUGAGAGAGCAGCAGAAAAAUUAUUUGAGAUACAACCGGAUGACAUAUCUUCUUGCAUAUUGUUAUCUAACAUUUACGCGGAUUUAAAAAUGUGGAAUGAUGUUGCUAAAGUUAGGAGUAUGCUAGUGGAUUGUGGAGUAAAGAAGGAACCAGGGUGUAGCUGGAUUGAAAUCAAUGGGAAAAUACAUGUUUUCCUGUCACAAGAUGGGUUCUCUAAAUACUAAAAGUUGACCGGUGUAUUUCACACCUCUUAUUUCUGCCAUCUGACAUUUCAUUGGACCAGAAAGCCGGUUGCAGCAGCCUAUCUAGGGUAAACUAUGGUGCUGGAAACAUGGAUCUGUCUGAAGACCAUCAAUUUAAUUGCCCAUUUAACUGCAGUAACUCACACACAUCAGGAUAAAUGCAGACUGAGGAGAGUUCCUUAGUCAAGGCACAUGGAAAUGGUCAGGCAAUAUCGCCUGCAAUUGCGAGCCAAG